AUGGGCUUGAAUGUUAGGAAUAAAUUGGGAUUUUUCGAUGGUACGAUUCAGAAGCCUCCCGUUGAUCAUCCAAGUCAUGGUUCAUGGUCACGCUGCAACGAUAUGGUAUCCACUUGGCUAAUGAAUUCAGUCUCGAAGAAGAUUGGAGCGAGUUUGUUAUACAUCUCGACUGUUGAAGGUAUAUGGAAUAAUCUCUUAUCUCGGUUCAAGCAAGAUAAUGCACCUUGUGUUUAUGAGAUUGAACAGAGACUUACUUGUAUUCAACAAGGUUCUUUGGAUGUUAGUGCGUACUAUACUGAAUUGGUAACGCUCUGGGAAGAAUAUAAGAACUACAUAGAACUUCCCGUUUGCACUUGUGGUCGCUGCGAGUGUAAUGCAGCUGUUCUUUGGGAACGUCUACAGGAUCGUAGUAGAGUAACCAAAUUCUUGAUGGGGUUAAAUGAGAGUUAUGAACAGACUAGAAGGCAUAUCUUGAUGCUGAAACCGAUUCCAAGUAUGGAGGAAGCAUACAACAUGGUUACUCAAGAUGAAAGGCAAUCUACUGUUUCUCUCAAGCCUCCUGUGAAGUCUGAUAAUGUAGCAUUUCAGACGACUGGUAGUUAUGAAGGUGAUCUUGCUAAUGGAUCGUAUGUGGUGGAACCAUAUGAGUAUGUAGCAGCUUACAAUACUUAUAGACCAAGGAGUAAUAGACCGAUGUGUACUGAUUGUGGAAAAAUGGGACACAUGAUUCAAACAUGUUUCAAGCCAAGGGUGGUUGCGAAUGUUCAAGUUAAUGGAGGAAUGCCGUAUUAUCCUCCUGCUCCUGUUAAUGCUCUUAACCUGGAUGUGAGUCAGUUAACUCAGAGUCAAGCUCAAGACUUGAUCAAUCAACUCUCUCGAGUUCAAGCUACAGAACCGAUGAUCAAUCAACUAUCACGUGUUCAGAUUUUAGAAAAUUCAGCGCCUACUGUUUCUCAAUCUCUUGCAUCUAAUACAAAAUCAGGUGUUAUGGCUCCUCAAUCGUCUUCUGGUAUAGUCUUUAAUAUCUCUUCUAAUCUUAGAUAUGAGAAUAGUAAUCUCACAUAUAAACACCAUUGUCUAUCAUCUCUUCAUAGUGUUUUGCCUAAUGGUGCUUGGAUUAUUGAUAGUGGGGCAACUAGUCAUGAGUCUUCUCAGGGAUGGAUGAUUGGGAGUGCUAAUCUUUUCCACAAUCUUUGCAUCUUGAAUGAACACUCCCUCUCUACACCUGCUAAGUCUCCUGUCAUCAAUCAAGUCUCGGGAUCCUUGGUGAAUGAAGGAAUUCUUUGGCAUCAACGCCUUGGUCAUCCUUCAAACGCCAAGUUACAGCUUAUGUCUGAAAAACACACUGAUGAUCUGUUUUUUCAUACCAUUUGA